UCUUCACAUGUCAGCUUUGUCUUUAAUUUUUUGUUUUCUUCCCAUUUUUCACUACAAUCCUAAGAAAAAAGAUGAAGAAUCCAUAUAGAAAAACGUCAAAACUCAUUACUCUCAACUCACUACGAUUGACAUUACACCUAAUUUUCUUAUCCACCGUUGUUACAUCUGAUUCACAAUCCACCGUCCAAAAAACGCCGCAUUCAACAGAAAGCAGUAACAUCACUGAGCUUGUCAUCGCUACUUUAGAUCAAACCAUCUUAAAGGUCAAUCUCUCUUCCUCCAACUUCUUCGACCUCCAAAACCGUCUCGGUCCAAACCUAUCUCACCGUGAUCGCUGCGCGUUCGAAGACUGUCUCGGUCUACUCGAUGACACCAUCUCCGAUCUCAAAACCGCAGUCUCCAAGCUCCGAUCUUCCACUAUUGGUUUAGACGACGUCAAUAUGUUGCUCAGCGACGCCAUGACGAACCAAGACACGUGUCUCGAUGGUUUCACAAGAGAUGACUACGAUAAUAGUAAUGAUAGGUCAUACAGAUUGGCUGAGAGCUUGAAGGAGAGCAUCUUAAACAUCUCUAACAACCUCAGUAACUCUCUUGGCAUGCUUCAGAAUAUUCCGGGGAAUAACCAUUCCCUAGAACCAGCUGAGGUUGACGUUGAGUUUCCGAGUUGGGUCUCAGAGAAUGACAAGAGACUCCUUCAAGCUUCGGCGGAAGAGACCAAGUUUAAUCUCACGGUGGCUAAAGAUGGUACCAAAGACUUCACAACCAUCAGUGCUGCGGUCUCGGCCGCUCCUAACUCGAGCGAAACAAGGUUUAUGAUUUAUAUAAAAGGUGGGUUAUAUUUUGAAAACGUCGAAAUACCGAAGAAGAAGACAAUGAUAAUGUUGGUCGGAGACGGCAUCGGAAAAACAAUCAUAAAAGCAAACCGCAGCCGCCUUGAUGGAUGGACAACAUUUCAAUCUGCUACCGUAGGCGUGAAAGGUGACGGCUUCAUAGCUAAAAACAUAACAUUCGUGAAUUUUGCCGGACCGAGCAAACAACAAGCCGUGGCAUUUCGAAGCGGUUCCAAUCACUCUGCGUUUUACAGAUGCUCCUUCGAAGGUUACCAAGACACUCUCUAUGUCCAUAGAGCCAGACAGUUCUACCGAGAAUGCGAUAUAUUUGGUACGAUUGACUUCGUAUUCGGUAACGCGGCUGCUGUGUUUCAGAACUGUAGUCUCUAUGCGCGUAGACCAAACUCUCAACAGAAAAUCGCAUUCACCGCUCAGAGCCGGAAUUGCUCGAAUCAAACCACAGGUAUUUCUAUGAUUCAUUGUAGAUUCUUGGCCGCGACUGAUUUGAUCCCUGUAAAAGCAAACUUCAAGGCGUAUUUGGGUCGACCAUGGAGACCAUAUUCUAGGACCAUCAUCAUGAAAUCGUUUAUUGACGAUCUGAUUGAUCCUGCGGGAUGGUUGGAGUGGAACAAAGAUUAUACUGAAACUUUAUAUUAUGGAGAAUACAUGAAUGAAGGACCCGGUUCGAAUAUGACAAACCGGGUUAAAUGGCCUGGUUAUAGACGCAUGAAAACCGCAAUGGAGGCAACUCAAUUCACAGUCGGUCCAUUUAUUCAUGGUAACACAUGGCUUAAUUUAACCGGCAUCCCAUUUGAUCUUGGUUUGUAAGGCGUUAGAUUUUCAUGAUAAUAAAGCAAAGUGUUGUAACCAACCAUAUUGGAUCGUAAACGUAUGGGAUCAAAGUCAUUUGGACUUAUAAAAUAAUCAACAUUCUACGUAUUAUUGUUCGGCUAGUCACUAGAGUGUGUGUGU